CCGCCCCGCCCCGCCCCGCGCGCCUGCCCCAGGAAGCCGGAGCUAGCGUGGCCCGCGGCAGCACCCGGCGACCCGGCCAUGCGGUGCGGGGCGCUCCCGCCGCCCGCCUUCCUCCUCCCGCUGCUGCUGCUGCUGAGCCUGCCGAAUUUUUUGCCAUCAUUUGGAAAGGAGACACUGCGGACAACAUCAGUUACUCUACAGUCUGAGCUCAAUAUAGCUUAUGAAGAUUUUAUUCAUCUUAACAUAGUAGAAAAGAAAAUUGUUAAUGAUUCCAAAGUUUCAGUUCAGUAUUUAUGUUCUAAGCCCUGCAUUGUCAACUUGGAAGCUGUAGCUUCCUCGGAGUUCAGAACUGGUGUGUCAGUGUAUAGGAAGAGAUGGAAGAAUGAGAAACAACUUCAUAUCAGUAAUACUCGAACACUGCACUUAAAAUUCCCAAGCAUCAUGGUUUACAGAGAUGAUUUCUUCAUCAAACACUCCGUAAUAGUGGACACUGUGAUACUGUAUGCAUGGAUUAGUCACAAACCUAUGGGGAGGUAUGAUGCUGUGGGCAAUGAAAGCUACCAGCAGGCAGUUGCCAGGAAUUAUACUUUUCUGGAAGCAGUUCCACCUCUUGAACGCCCAUACAAAGAUCACAGAAUAUGCUGGAAGUGGGGCUCUGAAUAUAUAUGGAAACUCCAGGCAAGUUGGAUACCUCAGUGUCCUCAUGAGGAUGAUGCUGUCCAGAUCCUCAAUUUUCUGUAUGCAUCCACUGGAGAGAAAACAGGAAUUGUGAAGAAAUUUGAGAAAUUUAAGAACAAAGAGCUUGAGACAAUCAGACAGCAUCAGAUCGAUUACCCGGUGUUUACUAUUUCAGUCUGGCUUUAUUUGCUCCAUCACUGCAAAAAGAACCUGUGUGGAAUACUUUACUUUAUUGACCCCAAAGAAAUGUACAGUACCCCUGCUGUAUUUCUCAGUGAAGAAGGUUACAUUCAUAUUCAGAUGCACCUUGUUGAAGGAGAAGACACUGCAGUGGUAACUAGUUUCAGCCUUCCUCUCAAACAGUGGUUUCGUCUAGAUCUCUCUUUUGAGGGUGGACAGAUAGAAAUAAGCAGUGUCGAGAAGAAUGUGAAAAGACAGCAGCAUCAGUCCUUUGAUUUUAGGGAAGAUUUCUAUUUUGAUGAUACAGCUGGAUACUUAGUUCUUGGAGGCAGUGUGUAUGCAUCUGGCAUUGAAGGAUUCUUUGGACCUGUGAAAUACUAUCGUCUUAGUGUUUUGGAAACAAAGCAGAUUUCUAAUCCUAUUUAUGACAGAGAAAUUAUGGAACAAAUUGAACUCUACUAUGAGAGCUGUGCAGACAUUCAAGAAAUAGUAUCCUGGUAUGGACACAUUGUACAACAAGGUCAAACAGUGCAUAAAGAUUGUAAACAAGAACACUAUUAUUCAUACCUGAACCACAAAUAUGGAGAGAAGCCCAAGUGCAAUGCCUUUGUGUGGAGGAAGGCUCUAAGGGAGAAAUAUCACAGCUUGUUCAAGCUGCUGCAAGAGAUGGAUUUCAGUUCACCAAGCGAAACUGGCCAGAAGAUAUUUGAGAAGGUUGCCAAAGAUCUCUCCAGAGCUGAUGGUCUAAGCUCCGUGAACAACUCAGUCCCUUUUUUGAUGGAUUCCAGCUGCUGUGGAUACCACAGAGCUUCUUAUUUCCUUGCAGUGAUUUUUGAAAUGGGACUCGGCGUGCCUGCGGAUCCUGUAAAGGGGCUGCUGUAUAGUUUGGUUGGUGCUCAGGGGAAUGACAGACUUGCAGGGUUGAAUCUUGGAUAUAAACAUUACCAAGGCAUUAAUAACUAUCCACUGGACUUUGAGCUAUCAUAUGCUUACUACAGCAAUAUUGCACUAAAGACUUCUCUUGAUCAACACACUAUAAAAGAAGAUCAGGCACUUGUAGAAGCUGUUAGGCUAACAGAUGAUGAACUACUAAAAUCUCAAACCAAAGAAACCGGUGAUAUCUUCAUGUGGUUAAAAUAUGAAGCAGUAAGGGGAAAUGCGGUGGCACAGCAAAGAAUGGCACAGAUGCUUUUCUGGGGCCAGCAAGGAGUGGCAAAAAAUCCCAAAGCAGCAAUAGAAUGGUAUCAAAAAGGUGCCCUGGAAACUGAGGACCCAGUAUUAAUAUAUGAUUAUGCCAUUGUGUUGUUCAAGGGCCAAGGCGUGAAAAAGAACACAAAACUUGCUUUAGAACUGAUGAAAAAAGCAGCAGCCAAGGGAUUACCUCAGGCAGUAAAUGGUUUGGGAUGGUAUUACCAUAAUUUCAAACAAAACUAUGUAAAAGCAGCCCAAUACUGGUUAGAAGCUGAAAAAAUGGGAAUUCCAGAUGCAUCCUAUAACCUUGGUGUUCUACAUUUAGCUGGGCUUUACCCUGGAGUUCCUGGCAAAAAUGAAACACGAGCUGCUCAGUACUUCUAUAAAGCAGCCCACAGUGGACAUAUAGAAGGGACCUUACGAUGCUCUCUGUAUUACAUCACAGGAAAUAUGGAAGACUUUCCUAGAGAUCCUGAAAGAGCUGUAAUCUGGGCAAAACAUAUUGCAGAAAGGAAUGGCUACUUAGGUCAUGUAAUCAGAAAAGCUCUCAAUGCCUAUCUGGAUCUGUCAUGGCAUGAAGCUCUGUUAUAUUAUGUUUUAGCAGCCGAGACUGGUUUUGAAGUGUCACAGACAAAUUUAGCACAUAUCUGUGAAGAGAGACCAGAACUAGCAAGAAAAUACUUAGCCACUGAUUGUGUUUGGAGAUACUAUAAUUUCUCUGUUUUUCAAGUCAAUGCUCCCUCAUUUGCGUAUUUGAAGAUGGGAGAUUUCUAUUACUAUGGAUACCAGAACCAGUCCAAAGAUCUUGAGUUGUCAGUGUGGAUGUAUGCACAAGCUGCGCUAGAGGGAGAUUCACAGGGAUUCUUUAAUUUGGCCCUCCUCAUGGAAGAGGGCAGAUCCAUACCACCUCACAUUCUAGAUCGCUUAGAAAUUGACAGGACUCUUCGUUCAAAUAACAUUUCCAUUCUGCAGCAGCUUUAUCAAAGGUGCUGGAAUCAUAGCAACCAAAAUUCCAUUAGUCCGUGCUCAUUAGCAUUGCUUUAUUUUUACUUAAGAGUUUUCUGGAAUAACAUUUUGCCUUCUACUCAGAUCUACUUCAUGGGAACCUUUCUUGUUUCAAUACUGAUCGCAUUUGCAGUACAGUAUUUUCAGUCUCUAUCUGCCAGUGAUUCUCAUGCACAAAGGCAAGAACAGUCUUCAGAUGAACUUUCUUCCACAGAAAAUGCCAAUGAUACAACAUCAACAGAGCAAGAAGAAUCUACUCUCACAAACAAUUUAGCAGAGCAGGAGUUACACCUCAGCUGAUCAAAAGAGGAUGUGGAGGGUUUAAUUUUAAGGUGUUGAAAUCCUAAAACAAACAUUAGAAAGUUGUGGACAUGAUGAGUGUUUACAAAGCUAGAAAUUCAAAACUGUAUUGAAUGGUUUUAAAAAUACACUUCAUAGACUAACACCUCCUGUUACUUACUUUGGGACAAAUCAGCUGAUCUUAUUUAUCUUUCAUUAAAAAAUGUGAGAAUUUUAAGAAAUCCAAACAAAGAAUAUAUCCUGAAAAUGUCCUUACACUGUGUAAGUAAAUAUAUUGUAUGGUCUUAUUUUCAGCUAGAACAAAAAAAAAAAAAAUGAGUAAAUUCCAGCCAUAUUGAAAUCAAUGGCAAAGUUCCCACUGCCAAGAUUCCACCCUAGGAUCUAAUAUUUUAUCAAACAGCAUGCAUCUCGCACAAAUGUCAUACCAGCACAGUUAAAGGGAGUAGGAAUGUGAAUAAAGAAUCAUAUUCCUUACUGACACCAUAUGCUAGCCAAAAUCUUAAUGUGGCAUGCCCAUACUGAUAUUUAGGUCAAACCUGAGGGUUGUCUUCAAUUAGCUUAAGCGAAAAGAGUUUCCUUUCUCCCACAUAAAACUUUUUUAGUGACCCUUGUACAAUUUAUUUCCUGUUUGAAUGGCUCCCUUGUAGAAUUUAGUUUGCUGUAUAUUUGUCUUUCCCUCUGGACUUGGCUCUCAUUAUUGCCAGUAGAGAUGGGAAGAGGACUGAAGAAGAUCUGAAAAUCUAGAACAGAAAGUUGUGGGGUUCCUGCUUACUGACUUCCUGAGCUUGCAAUCAGUAGUGCCCAGACAUGCUGAGGGCGUGCAUGCGUAAUCAUGCAAUCAGUAAUGCCCAGACAUGCUGAGGGCAUGCAUACGUAGCAGCAAGAUUGGCUUUUGACAUUGAUCCAAGUUCCAAGUUCAGGCUGGAUGGCUGCCAGGGGUCAAGCAAGGGGGUUUCCAUUGUCAGCAUAUUUGGGUUUCAUGACAUUUCUAAGUUCGCCCCAAGUACGUGUGCAAACAUACUUAGGUGUGCCAGAAAAAUAAUCCUUUGGCCAGUCAAGCUUAUUCCAUUCAGAAAACUGGUUUCAACUGCACCAGCAAAAUAAAUCUUACUAGCAUAAGUUGCUAGCAUAAGCAUAUCUAACACCAUAAUGCAGGGUGCUGUGGAGGGAAAAAAAGAGGUAGACCCAAGAAGAGCUGGGAGGCUGGGGUUUCAACUGACAGAGUACACAGGGCUAGCCAAGCACAGGGCAGAGUAGAGGAGGGUUGUUAAAGCAUCUAAGGUGCCCCAACAGUCACAGUGGCCUCAGAACUGACUUGACAUGACUUCAGCAUAAGUUGUGAUUCCAAGAGGAGGGUUUACCAACAAACUCUUGUAAGUAUGGGCAUGUUCUUAGACACAGUCUUCAAAGCAAAAGACUGGAGGCCCAGCUACCAGCCUUUUGCUUUGAAAUCAUUGGGUAGUUGCCCAGGAGACACGCAGCAGAUAAGGAGUAUCUUCCUCACAAAAAGAAGUGGAAGGGCCACAGUGGGCACUAGGGCUAUGAGAAGCUUCCAUCCCCGAUUCAAUUCGGCCCGAUUCAGUAGCUGAAUCUCUGAAUCUGAAUUGAAUUAGACAACCUUUUAAUCUCUCUGAAUCAAAUCUGUACCCUCUGAAUCAAUUCGGAAAGAUUUGAAGAUUCAGAAAUAGAGAGAACUUUAAAUGUUUUUUUCUACCUACCUCUGGGUAGCAGGCGGCUCGUGAAUGCUGUGAUGCUGGGGCACGUGGAGCAUCCCACAGAAGCACAGGGGCUCCCCAGCGCACUCGGUAGCAGACCCAGAAAUGGACCAGAAGCACUUCCAGUCCACUUCCGGGUUUGCUGGGGAGCGUGCUGGGAGGCUCCCCCACACCCUUCUGGCUUGGCAACUGGUUCCUCCUGGGUCUGAGGGGGGCACCCAGGGUCCCCCUGUGGCUGAUUGCCGAGCCGGGAGGCCCGGGGAAGCUGACAGCCCACUCCCCGGCAGACCCAGAAGUGGACCGGAAGUACUUCUGGUCCACUUCCGGGUUCACCACUGAACAUAUGAAGGGCCCCCCUGCACACCUGUGGGACACUCCAGUGCAUCACAGCGAGCCACGCCUGCUACCUCAACGUAUGUAGAGAAAACUUUUAAAGCUGUGACUGUCUGAAUCGCUGAUUCUCCGAAUCAGCAUCGAAUCUUCAGAUUCAGAUUCGGCCAAAUCGAAUUGGGGACAGUGAUCCAAAUCAAUGAAUCAAAUCACUGUCCCUGAUUUGAGCCAAAUCCGAAUUGAAUAGGGCCCGCUUCGCACACCCCUAGCAGGCACGUCUAUACAAUCUCUUUCUUGAUUCCAGGACCACUGCCAACAAACUACACCCCUCCCAUUUAUUCCCACUUAGGCACAUAUAUUAAGUAACUGGGCAGAGAAUACAGUUUGGGAGGUAUCUGAAGUGACUCGAUGAAGCCCUGCAUGCAUGGUCUAGUGCCAGCCUUAGGUGAGGGCAAGAGUUACAUUGGGAGACAGCUCAAGUUCUUUACUUUUCCUAAAUUGGCAGUGUUUGGUGCAGUACUGAGUGGGCAGGGCUUAGUUGUAGCUGUGGCAUGGGUAGGGUGGCAAGGGAGAACAUGGCCAAUGAAGUCAGUCAGCAGUUGCUUCUUAAAUUCUUAUGGGGGAACCUAAGAAGAUUUCUUUCCUGUUUUACAACAUAUUGUAAAUUGUCCUUAAGAAAAAUAUUAAUUAGGAGUCAUUUUCAUUUAAUAAAUGUGCUAAUCAGGCCAGUCAGGAUACUUGAAUUUCCUAGUAGCAGUCGUAGAGCACAGAUCUCUGGUGUCUGAUUCUAAGGCUACGAGAGGUGAAUGGAUGCAGGAAAGGUGUGACUGUAUGUGUACUAUACACAUAUGGAAUUAUGUAAAUUAUAAGUACUUGUUUCAAUCUAUGCAUAACUGAAAGUUUAAUUUCCUUCCUUUCGCAGCUUUAUCUACAAGAGUAAAUAAAAUUAUUUUUCUAUUGGAAACUGUA